CAACUCUUGUUUUUUGCAGACUGUGUGUUCGUUGAGUUUCAUGGGAUGAGUACAUUGAAAUUAUGCUCGCAUCUCCUUCCUCGGAAGCAAGUUCGCCCACUUCCCAUCCCUACCAUGACGUACGUCAUCCGUACCCAUCUGUCAACCUCACUUUUCUAAUUUGUGCGAUAAGAGGAACAACUUCAAAAUUAAUAAAUAUCUUAGCAAUCUUUGGAUGUGUCGAAAAGAUAUCGUCGGUAUUCGUCUCCAGGGACAUCCUCUGGGAGCGAGGAAGAAGAAGUUGUGGUUUUACGUCGUCGACUGAAACGAUUAGAGAAUAAAUUGAAGUGCUCUCCCUCCGAUGGGGGCAAAAAUAGGGCAAAGAAGCAGCGAGUUGAAAAAAUAUCAUCUACAGAUGAAACUUCAUCGGAAUCGCCUCAUACAACUCGAGAACCUGUGGAAUCUGAUAAUUCUAUCAAUCAAGAAACCAAAGGAUAUUGAACCAGUUACUUUAAUGUAUAGUCCAGUGAGGACUUAUUCCAUUCAACUAAGCUCGGUG